AUGGAGGAGACAACCAGGGCUGACCCAUUCCACUGCCACGGGAGCACCAACACUAAGAAAUGGGGAGUUUUGGGGCACUUCUGUCUGCCCUGGGACAGGAGGGCUGCGGGGUGGCCCUGCUGCAGGACCGCGUCACGCAGGACGAGGUGGCAGCGGCUGGCACGGCACCGUAAGAUCGUGGAGCCUGAAGUGGUUGGAGAAAGCGAUUCUGAGGUGGAGGGCGAAGCGUGGCGCCUAGAGCGAGAGGACACCAGCGAGGAGGAGGAGGAGGAGAUCGACGAUGAGGAGAUCGAGCGUCGGCGUGGGAUGAUGCGCCAGCGAGCACAGGAGAGGAAAACCGAGGAGCUGGAGGUGAUGGAGCUGGAAGACGAGGGCAGAUCUGGAGAAGAGUCCGAGUCAGAGUCUGAGUACGAGGAGUACACAGACAGCGAGGAUGAAAUGGAGCCGCGGCUCAAACCUGUCUUCAUCCGCAAGAAGGACCGAAUCACAGUUCAGGAGCGAGAAGCAGAGGCUUUGAAGCAGAAAGAGCUGGAGCAGGAAGCAAAGAGACUGGCAGAGGAGAGGCGCAAAUACACGCUCAAGAUCGUGGAGGAGGAAGCGAAGAAGGAGCUGGAGGAGAACAAACGCUCGCUGGCAGCACUGGAUGCUCUUGACACUGAUGAUGAGAAUGACGAGGAGGAGUAUGAGGCCUGGAAAGUACGUGAGCUGAAGCGCAUCAAACGGGACCGCGAAGAACGAGAAGCCAUGGAAAAGGAGAAGGCGGAGAUCGAGCGGAUGCGGAACCUGACAGAGGAGGAGCGCCGUGCUGAGCUGCGGGCCAACGGCAAGGUCAUCACCAACAAGGCUGUGAAGGGCAAAUACAAGUUCCUGCAGAAGUACUACCACCGCGGCGCCUUCUUCAUGGAUGAAGACGAGGAGGUGUACAAGCGGGACUUCAGUGCCCCGACCCUCGAGGACCACUUCAACAAGACCAUCCUGCCCAAAGUCAUGCAGGUCAAGAACUUCGGGCGCUCGGGGCGGACGAAGUACACGCACUUGGUAGACCAGGACACCACCUCGUUUGACUCUGCCUGGGGCCAGGAGAGUGCACAGAACACCAAGUUCUUCAAACAGAAGGCAGCAGGUGUGCGGGACGUCUUUGAGCGACCCUCGGCCAAGAAGCGAAAAACGACCUAAGGAGGUACGCGGGAGGCGUCCCGUGGCUGACCGCCGGGCAGGAAGGUGCUGCCGUGCCAGCUGCCUGAGAGCCUGAGCAGGAACAGAGGGGACAAAACACCUCCAGGACUCGGGGCGUGGCACACUCUUCCUGUGCCCCUGCACAUCCUCCCCAUCAGCACGGCGGCACGAUCCGCCUGCGCCGCGCAGACACGGCGUUCUCCAUGCCUGGCUCUCGCAGAGGCUGCUGCCCACGCGAGCUGCCCAGCCCCGGCUGUGUCACCGCCCCACCGCCCUGAAAGAGCCUCGGCAGCGCCAGGCACGGCUGUGCAGGAGCGCAGCACUCCCUGCCCCCGGGUUCAGAGGAACUCGCGGACUUUUAUGUCUGUGUGCUCCGUAGUGUCUCCCUAUGCCCUGUACCUUUCCUGUUAUCAAUCAAAUCAGGCCCUCUUUUUGGUUUGGAACAGCUGUAAUGUUUCCUAACCCUGUUUCUGCGGGGCUUGGCUUUUCUACCUGUGCAGUGGAAGGGGAUUGUUUUGAUUAAAGCAAUUGUUUUCUUAAGAA